GCGCCGCACAGUUAGUGACGAGAACUCAUUGCGAACAUGUCGAGAUUUGUGCUUGUUUUAGCGCUGGCCGCGGCCUGCGCAGCGCUGCCGGCGCAAGAUACGGGACACACGGAAAACGAUAUAGAAGGAUUAGGCGAUUGCCUCCGCAAGGAUUCUACAACAUGCCUCAAAUACAAGUUCUUCUCGUUCGUCGACAAGAUGAUUGGACAGAAAGAGUCGUUCGCGCUAACCGAUGGUGUCACAGUCGUGAAGGCGGCCGAUGUUCCCGCGGAAACUGGAGCACCGAGGUCAUUGGAUCCUGUGACGCGGCUCAAGAAUUACUUUGAAACACAUUCGUUGCGCGUGGAAGUCAAAGGUUCCGAUGUUAUCGACGCGGUGUCGAGUGCGGGUCGCGCUUUGGAAGACACAGUUUCGACUUACGUCGAGGGAACGGAAGAAGGCAGAGGGAAAAAGAAAAAGGCGCAAAAGCUGCUUGGACCACUGUUCGCUGCACUCGCAUUGAAGCUGAUGGCUUUGACUCCUCUCGCAAUAGGAGCGAUAGCUUUGAUCGCUGGCAAGGCGUUGCUGAUCGGAAAGCUGGCUUUGGUGUUGUCAGCGAUCAUCGGCCUGAAGAAGCUGUUGUCGCAGCAGAAACACGUGACCUACGAAGUGGUGGCGCACCCGCAUCACACAUCUAGUCACACGUCGAGCCACGACUACGGUGGCGGCACUAGCGGGUACGGCGGUGACGCCGGCGGUUACGGCAGCGGCGGUGGCGGCGGCGGCGGCGGCCACAGCAGCGGAUGGGGCAGGUCUAUGGAGGCACAAAGCUUAGCGUACUCCGCGCAAAAGCCUCAGUAAGCGCGCCCCAAAUGUACGGCCUCUUUCCGACGAUUUCUCCAACGAUCAUCGACGUUGAAUUCUUUACCUACUUCGGUGUGCGAGUGUGAUGUACGUUUGUAUUUAUUGUGAACGAUGAAUUAUUUCCACUAGAGACUUGUUUCGUAUGCCAUUAUGUGCUCAAUAAUAAAGUCACUAUUUAUUUUCCUUAGCGACCUCGUAGGUCGGAGCGUGUAACUAUUUUCAUAGUGUAUUUAUUAGUUAUUUUUAUGUAUAUACGUUUCGCGAAUGUAUUAGUAUUUAAACUAGAUUAGAGAAAUGUGUAUUUCUCGUUUAUUGUUAAACUGUACCUGGCUUUAAUAUAUCGUAAGUUGUAUGUAAGAUUAUUAUAUUUACAUUUGUUUUGUAUAUAUAAAUAAUAUUAUGUAAUUUAUGUUUUACGUGUCAUCCUUGCCUCUAAGUGUUUACUGUCAUGUAUUUAUUUAAUGCGAUGUUGAAGAUGGGUGAUAUUUAUAUCUUACGAUGCAGUGAUUAUUAUUUAUUAUGUACUUAAUGCGAAUAAAGACUUUUAUUGUGUAUUAACA